ACUAUUUUUACCACCACCAAAACCAUAAAUUAUGGAAUAUAGAUAAGACGGAGUAAGAAAAUUCUAGCUGUGUCUAUGAAUAAAACUGGAAAACCCGGCGCGCAUGGUUCUGAUAUCAUUAUUAUAUAUUUUUCCAUUUGUUUAUAUUAAUCACUGACUGUGUUGUUGGCCCCAUAGCUGCUCACGAGUCACGUGACAAGCUCCAACACAACGAUGGCUGCGGUUUGUGCAUUGUGCGUGAUGCAUUUCUAUAUUUUACUGUUACCGUAUUGUUUUUGUGCUCCGUGACUAACCUAACUUUCAUAAGGAUUGACAAAUGGCUACCAAAGUACCAACGAUUUACGUUACUAAAUUAAAGAACUAAGAAAGUGCAUUCUUACUCUCGUGAACGUGUUCAAAAAAUGGCGUGGUCUGUGGUACACUUUUUUAAUGACAACACCGUUGAAGUUGUCCCGGACUUUUGGUUUAACAAGUACAACAAUAAAUGUGCUUGGCCAAUGGAUAAUUCGGCAAAAAAUAUCGAAAGACGAGAAAAACCAACAAGCAAAAAUUUUCUGUUUUUAAAAGCCAGAAUGUUUCCUGGCUGCGAAAAAAUUGAAAAUAUACUAGAUGCAAGACAUAGAUGUAAGUUGGCUGAACAAACAUCAGAUAUUGAUGGAAUAAUACAACAUAGCAAAAAAAGAAGAUCAAGGAAAAAAAUUAGUUUUAAAAAUUCUUCACCAAGCUCUUCUGAAGAUAAUAAUAAUGAUGUAUCUAGUGUAGAUAAUGAUUUGCCUACCUAUUCAUCAGAUUCAGAUAAUGGUAAAUACCCAUGUUUGAAAUUAUUAAAAAUAUUUUAA